UAGCUAAACCACACCCAUUCUGUUGACAGCAAGAUUGUGCAAGAAGGUAUACAAAGUCAAAAUGAUUGCCAGACGAUCUAUUUGAGCGACGUGGCUGUCGGUGUCAGUGAUAAAACAUCGUAAUUUCCGAUCGGAGGCUUUAGCUUGCUACGGAGGGCAGAUGCUGGAUUCGGGAGACGGUCCGCCAUUAUUGUGAAGCGGAAAAAAAAUAGACUUCUACACACCGUCACACAUUUCGCCUGAAAGGGGCUUAAGAGCAGAAAGGAGAAGAGAGAGGACGAUCCGCCGCACUUUGAAAGUGGCGCUUUGGUAAACGGAGACCGGGCUUUUAAUCGCGUUUCAUACGCACUCUUUAUGUUUGACACAACAAAGGAAAUAAUAAUUGGUGAAAACAACGUGGUGGUUGAACCAAGAAGGAGAAAAGAAAACACACCGAAACAGCGCUUUAACAAAGCCUCUCCACCCUUUUUCUCCUCGUUUCCAGACGGAGGGGGAAAGACCGGAGUUGGAACCGCUAUUUUUUUUCUCCUGACGAGAAUUUAGUUUUUUUUUAGUUUUUUUUGUUGUUCGCUCCCUCCUCUCCCACAGACAGGGAGAGAGAUACGCAUCUCGUUUCUGGAAAACUUCACUCCGAUGAAAACACGAGCACUUAAUUGGAGAAGCAAUGGACACAGGUAGCCUGCUGAUUUGAAGAAGAAGAAGAAAAGGGCGGAACGCGACCGAUGUCAGUGCUGCUAGGAAGUGUUUGAACGGGUUUUCUUUUAGUAUUAUCUUUAAAAAAAAAAAGUCGUUCGCCCGGCUGUGAGCGAGAGGAGCAGCGAAAGAAAAAGGGAAAGGAGCAGCGGACGCGAGCCGGAGGACCGCUGAGGGCCAAACCCCAGCCCGGUGAGGUCAUCUUGCAUGGAAACCCCCUUUUCCCCUGGCCGCCCUUUCUCCUACCUAGAGCUACUGGCCAGCAUGGCAGGAUGAGCCUCUGCCAGCAUUGAUGAUGGCCAAAAAGCAAGAUGCGCGGGCACCCACCUACAACCUGGUUGUGGUUGGGCUGUCCGGCACGGAGAAGGAGAAAGGCCAAUGUGGUGUGGGCAAAUCGUGCCUGUGUAACCGUUUUGUUCGGCCAAGUGCAGAUGACUUCCACCUAGACCACACCUCCGUUCUCAGCACCAGUGACUUCGGAGGCCGUGUGGUAAACAAUGACCACUUCCUGUUCUGGGGAGAGGCCACGCGGGUGUUGGAGGAGGGGCCCGAAUGCCGUAUGAAUGUGGUGGAGCAGACUGAGUUCAUUGAUGAUCAGACGUUCCAGCCGCACCGAAGCACGGCGCUCCAGCCUUACAUCAAGAGGGCAGCUUCCACCAAGCUGGCUUCGGCUGAGAAGCUGAUGUACUUUUGCACAGAUCAGCUGGGUCUGGAGCAGGACUUUGAUCAGAAACAGAUGCCUGAAGGCAAGAUUAAUGUGGAUGGCUUCUUACUGUGUGUGGAUGUUAGCAGGGGUAUGAACCGGAGCUUUGAGGACCAGAUGAAGUUUGUUACCAACCUGUACAACCAGCAAGCCAAAACGAAGAAACCUGUUGUACUGGUUCUCACUAAAUGUGAUGAAGGAGUUGAGCGCUAUAUUAAAGACUCACACACCUUUGCCCUAGCCAAGAAGAACCUACAGGUGGUAGAAACAUCAGCACGAUCUAAUGUCAAUGUUGAACUUGCCUUUCUUACACUGGUUCAGCUAAUUGACAAGAGCAGGGGAAAGCCCAAAAUCAUCCCUUACUUUGAGGCACUGAAACAGCAGAGUCAACAGAUCGCCUCAGCCAAAGACCGCUAUGAGUGGUUGGUCAACCAAAUCGUGAGGAGCCACAAUGAGACAUGGCCUGCAGUCAGUCGCCGCAUGCAGUCAGCCCCUGAGUACAAGGACUAUGUCUUCCUUGAGGGGACCGCUAAAGCCAAGAAGCUCUUCCAGCAGCAUGUGCAUAGACUCAAACAAGAUCAUAUAGAGAAACGUAGAAAGGCCUACCUUAGUACUCUCCCACAGGCCCUGUCUGUACUGUUACCAGAGUUGGAUGAGAUAGACCACCUGAGCUGGUCUGGAGUUCAGAAAGUCCUGGAGAUGAAGAGAGAUUUCUCCCAAUGGUUUGUAGUGCUUGAUGACACGCCUUGGGAGACCACGACACAUAUUGACGCCAUGGAUGAUGAUCGAAUCCCCCAAGACCUUCUGGAGACUCCUGUAGCUGAAACUAUCUAUGAAACCCACCUGGUGCAGCUAAGAAAUGACCGCAAGCGGGCUGAGAUGAGAUGGGAGUUUAAGGAAAAGCUGAGUGUAUCUCCUUUCAUCACACCAGGGAAACCUUGGGAGGAGGCCCGGAGCUUCAUCAUGAAUGAAGACUUUUACCAAUGGCUGGAUGAGGCGGAAUAUCUGGACAUCUACAACAAACACCAGAAGGAAAUUAUUGACCGAGCCAAAGAGGACUUUCAGGAACUACUUCUUGAAUACUCUGAGCUCUUUUAUGAGCUGGAAGUGGAUGCAAAGCCAAGUAAAGAGAAAAUGGGAGCCAUUCAGGAGGUGUUGGGUGAGGAGCAAAGGUUUAAAGCUUUGCAGAAGCUACAGGCAGAAAGGGACGCUCUAGUAUUGAAACAUAUCCACUUUGUCUACCACCCUACAAAGGACACUUGUCCCAACAAUCCUCACUGUGUGGACAGUAAGAUAGAGCAGAUUUUGGCCAACAGAUUCCCUACCCGCUACCCAUCAUCAGAUAGUUCAAGACUGGACUUGGGGAGGGCUGAACGGAUAAAUCUUGUCAUCCUCGGUAAAGAUGGGCUAGCAAGAGAGAUGGCAAAUGAGAUAAGGGCCACGUGCACAAGUGACGACCGGUACGUGUUGGAUGGCAAGAUGUACGAGUUAGCCCUUCGUCCCAUAGAGGGCAACGUCCGCCUGCCAGUCAAUUCAUUCCAUACACCAACCUUUACACCUCAUGGCUGCCUGUGUCUGUACAACUCAAAGGAAUCCCUCUCUUAUGUUGUUGAGAGUUUAGAGAAGCUCCGAGAGUCGACUAUAAGCAGAAGGGAAAGGGAAAACAGCUUAGCUCAACUCCCACUGUCCCUCCUUCUGGUCACCAAGCGGGGAGUAGGGUCCAUUGGGGAUAUUGGGGGAGAGACGGCUCAGACUCUUAUCAAACAAGGGCAGCAGGUGGCUGGAAAGCUGCAGUGUUCCUAUUUAGACCCCGCCUCUCCAGGGGUUGGCUAUGGUCGCAAUGUCAAUGAGAGGCAGAUCAACCAGAUGCUGAAGAGCCUCUUAGAAUUACGGAGAAACAUUGGGAGCAGCUCCCCUCCAUUACCCCCUCCAUCCUCUGCAUUCAGAGACUCUCAGUCCCAGCCAGUGCUAGAGGCAGACCUGAGGAUAGUCAUGUGCCUGAUGUGUGGAGACACGUACGACAUAGACCAGCUGCUGGCCCCUUUCCUGUUGCCCCAGCAUUGUCGUCCUGCUAGUAACCUCAGCAGUGGCACAUCAGUUUUGCUUGAUCUUAGUAUAGGAGGUCAGAGACAGAAUGUUGAGCUGUCACUGCUCUCCUUUCAUUCCUCUUUCUCACUUCGCAAGACCAAGCUGGUUCACGGCUAUAUUGCAGUUUACUCUGCUCGCCGCAAGGCCUCUAUGGAGACAUUAUGUGCUUUCCUGUGUGAAGUCCAAGACAUCAUCCCAGUGCAGCUGCUAGCAGUUGGAGAGAGCCAAAUGGAGCUGUCAGACUCAGAGUCAGCUAAGGAGCAGGUCAGUCAAGGAGAGGAACUGGCCCAUGAAAUAGAGGCCAGGUUCAACACCGUGAUAUGUGGGCAUGGUGGGGUGGUAGGGGGGCUUCAUAAAAUAGACCUUUUCCAAGCCUUUCUCAAAGAGGCGUUAGAGAAGCACAACAUCGUUGAGGCCACGCACAUGUAUGACAAUGUGGCUGAGGCGUGUACAAAUGAGAGCAGCAGCCCUCACUGUGGCUCCCCUAGUCCAGUUAACAUGCUUUUGGACUCGGAGGACGAUAUCGAUCCAUCGCCACCAUAUCCUACCCUCAGGGAAGAUGGCAGCCUCAGUUCCCACCUGGGAAGCUACAAGCUGCCAGAUCUGGAUUCAAGUGAUACCUUCUCUGUCAUUUCUGAGCUUAGCACCUUUGAGAGCAAGCUGAACAACAAGGUUCCUCCACAAGUGAAGCCCAAGCCGGUCGGUAAGGUGAAUCUCGGCCCCUACAUGGAUCAGCAGGGGGGCACCAACCGCCGCUCCUUGCCCCAGGCUGUCAGUUGGGCGCCAGGUAGCGACGGUGGUUAUGACCCCUCAGAUUACGCAGAGCCCAUGGAUGCAGUGAGCAAACCUCGACCCACACAAGCGGAGAACAUUUACUCUGUCCCGCACGACAGCACACAAGGCAAGAUUAUCACAAUCCGCAAUGCCAACAAAGGUCACUCCAAUGGGAGUGCUGGGGGGAAUGGGUCAGAUAGUGAGGCUGACAGCAGUUCGCUGGAACGAAGGAGAAAGCUGUCCGCCAUCGGGGUAAAGCCCAAGCUUUACAGAGACCGAUCCAAACGGCUUGGCAAGUUCAGCAGUUUUAGGACGAGCUUCUCCAUCGGCAGUGAUGACGAGAUGGGGGGUCCGCCCAAGGUUAACCAGGAUGAGGGAGGAGCCCAAAAAGACAACGCCAUCGAGGAGAGUGAGGAUCCCAAAAGAAGAAAUAUUCUCAAGAGCCUGCGCAGAAAUACAAAGAAACCACGAUCCAAACCCCGGCAUUCCAUCUCCAAACCAAUCGAGAGCAACUACUUUGGCAUGCCACUGACCUCCGUGGUGACUCCCGAGAGGCCGAUCCCGGUCUUCAUCGAGAAGUGCAUUCGUUUCAUUGAGGCAACAGGGUUGAGCACAGAGGGGCUCUACAGGGUCAGCGGGAACAAGGCAGAGAUGGAGAGCAUGCAGCGGCAAUUUGACCAAGACCACAACCUGGACCUGGUGGAGAAAGACUUCACCAUGAACACAGUGGCCGGAGCAAUGAAGGCCUUCUUCUCUGAGCUACCCGAGCCUCUGGUGCCGUACAACAUGCAGGGAGAGCUGGUGGAGGCCUUCAAGAUCAACGAUAGGGAGCAGCGCUUCCAGACCAUGAGGGAGAUUCUCCGCCGCUUCCCCAAAGAGAAUUACGAGGUCUUCAAAUAUGUCUCCAGCCACUUGAACAAGGUGAACCAGAACAACAAGUUGAACCUUAUGACCAGUGAGAACCUGUCCAUCUGUUUCUGGCCCACACUGAUGAGACCAGACUUUACCACCAUGGACGCCCUGACCGCCACCCGCACCUACCAGACAAUCAUUGAGAGCUUCAUCCACCAGUGCGCGUACUUCUUCUACAAUCAGCCGCUGACCGACGGCCUCCCCGGCUCCCCCACCUCCACGCUCUCCUCCGGGGGAGGGACAUCGGCCUACUCCUGCAUGGCCGGGGGCUACUCCUCCUCGCCGACUCCGUCCCCGGCUCCCUACGUGCUACCAGCCACCCCUCCAGUCAUUCCACACUACGGCCCUCCUAUCCACCACCACCACCACCAACACCACCACCACCUCCUUUCACGUCAGUCCCCGCCCCACUCCCCACCUGUUACUCCCCAGUCCCCCCUCCCCGCCCUGCUGCCGCCCUCCCUACACCCCCAUCACCCGCCUACGGAACAACACACGCUGUGAACCAGGGAUCAAGGGAAAGAAAAAAGAAAAAACAAAGACGGGAUGAUGAGAUUCAGAGAGAUUUAAGGGGUUUAGGAUAAGAGAUUUUGAAGUUUGGGAAUGGAAUUGAAGAAGAAAAAUUUAAAACGAGAACCCGGAGGUAGGAAGACAUGUUCGGAGGGAUUGAGUGAGAUGCAGUAUGUACAGGGAGGAACCGAUGCGCUUGGGAGAAGAACUAACUUUAGAAAAAAGGACACACACACACACACACACACACACGAGGCUGACAAGGAGAACACUGAACUGGUAGGAUGAUCUUUCCACCCCCCUCGCCACUUCAUCCUCCUGCCUCUCAGUGUCACUUCACCCAGACCGGCCCUUGCCUUAUAGAGAACCUACACACUAAGUAGUGCACUGUUGCCAGUAACUGAUAAAGGGACUCAGGGAGGGACUCCGAAGUAGAUUGGAGAGGGGAAUGUGAACUCUGCAAUGCUGUGAUGGCAUCACAACAGACCGAACGCAAACACUCUGACACAAACGCCCGGCGGCCAGUGUGCCUCCGACAACCCCUUUAUCCCUCAGCCCGAGCUGUCCCGCGAGUCUUUGUGGCCGCUUUCUUUGCCGCGCGCCCUCAUCCUUCACCUACCCGGGAGGCUGUGGCGGAGUCCAGGUGGAGCAGAGAGGGUGUCCUUAAACCACGUUUGUUUUCUUGGCUGCUGUACAGAGGACUUAGGCAAAAAACACGUGUUCCUACUCACCCGACAGGAUGUUCUGUCCUCUGCGACACACACACGCACACGCACAUACACAUUCCUAUCCAUCAACCCCUCACACAGACACACACGCACACACACACACAAUCAGUUUCAACUGCGGCCCUAUGCCAAGCAUGGAAAAACAAAAUCUCAACAGACCGGAUCUGCUAGACAGUGAAUUGGAGCAGAGGAUUAUGGGUACUCUCACACCCUUUAAAUUCUGGGAAGGCUCCUCCCAGUCUCCUUCUGCUCUCUCUCUCUGUUUGAACUUCAACCUCAUGCACUGUCUUUGUAUAAACACAUGAAGAAAAAACACAUUCAAACGUGGCAAAAUGUAUUGGUCUAAAUAUUGAUUCUGCAUUCCCACUGUCCCAAAAUAUUUUUAUUUUGUCCUUCAUUUAAAAAGACCUGUCACUCAGUGCGUGGCCUUGUGUGUUCGCGUGAGAGUCUACAUGUCUGUGUGCGCAUGUAUCCGUGCCCUUUUGUUUCACCUGAAUUUCCCUGUAAUAGACAGAUAGUGGCAAUAAUCACACUGUCAGAUCUUCGCCCGUCAUGUUGCUUUGCUCACGCUGUGGUGGUUUUACGAACGAGUCGGUUCUGCAGUUUCCACAGUGAGGACCUUGUUCAAAAAGCACUUUUCUGAGCACUUUGAAGGCACAUUUAAAAUUGGAGCUGCUAUGACAUGACAGCCACCGUUCACUUUAUUGUCAGUCCACCCAGCUUUCCUCUGUCUCUGGCAGCACACCACUGACAUCUACUGGAUGAAUUGGGUAUUGCAGCCAUGACCUGACUUCCACUGCUGCAUGGGCGGAGCACCCUUUUCCUUCUGUGGUUUGUGUAGUGUCUGAUUGUGUCAGAUGCAACUGCUAAAAGAUUAUCAUUGCUUUAUAGUAGGUGACAUUAACUUUAGAGCUCAUGAAGUGUAAGAAUAUGAGUAAAAAUUGAUACAAAUCAAUUGAGAUUAAAUAGAUUCAAGCUCUGCUCUUGCAGUUUGUUAGACAUGCAGUGACUUAAAUUUCCUCUGUCUUCUUGUUAGUUUACACUUCACUGCGCACUAAGCCAUCUGUUAAGGAGUGCAGGCCAGUUUUCAGACGCCACACGAGUGGUUCAAUAUAAAGAUUUAGGACACUACUGCCCAGAGAGUAAGAGCUAGAAGUGAGGCCCGGGCUUUGACCGCUGGGAGAGGAGGCUUUUUAUUGUUGGAAGUAAUUGGUAACCACUGUUUCAGGCCUCGGCAUGCUGCUCUCUUAGGAAACGGAAUGAUACCUCUGGAAGGGAGACUCAAACCUGCUCCCGAUGCACUCAAAAUAUCAAUUUGCAAGAGUGUCCCCUCCCCCCCAUCGCCUUGUUAUGCCACUGCAUCCCCCUGUCGUUCCUAGUCCCAAGAGGGACACUCGGUUCUGGGAGAGACAGCGGACAGAACAGACAGUCCAUUCAUCCGUCUGCAUGACUGGAACGGAGCAUCCCAGAAUUCCUCUGCCCAUCCUGCUGUUACCGUAGAAACCAGUGAGACGGGGCUCGACGAUGAUCCUCGCUGAGUCCUGAUCAAAGCAGCAUAUAAAGUGUGUGCGAUUGUGCGCACACAUGUGUCCCUGUGAGCUCGAGAAGUUGUGCACGCGUGUGAACUUCUGCGUCUUAAUGUUAAGCAGAUACCUACCGAGGUCACGUAUCCUCUUGGACACCGAGUAUCUCUGCACGUCUCCCCGGAUUGUCCUCUGCCCAAAAGGAGAAGAAGAAAAACAACCUUUCAACCAAUCGCUGAACUCUUAAAGGAACUCAACACUACCUAUUUACUGUGUGUGUGUGUGUGUGUGUGUGUGUGUGUGUGUGUGUGUGAUUAGGGGGUAGAGGAAUCGAGAACAUGUUUUUGGCCGGGUGGAUUUGAGCGAACAUGCUUAGGAAGCUGUGCUCGGGAGACGGCCAGACACCCGUGUGAUCCAAAUAAACGUGAAGGAGAGGAAUGCAGCUCUCCUCGCGGUCAUUACCCCGCUGUGUAACCCUGUUAGCUCGUCCAGAUUACACACACUGAUCCCCCGAAAGUGUGAGAGAGACGGAGGAGAGCUGGGGGGGGCAGGGGGGGGCGUCAAAGGGAGGGAAGACAGGCAGCAAAAGGGUGAAUGGGAUCAUUAUUUGGGAGACUGAGGGAGGGAGGGAGGGAGGGAGGAGGGGUGACCACUGGUACUUGUGUGUGUGAACGCCCGCCAGUGGCGUUCCUUGUGUAUAUCAAUGUGUUAAUACUGAACUGACUGUGAGGCAGCCAAAAACUGUGGAAAAAAGGGUCGAGAGAGAGAUAGGAAGCAAAGUGACAGUUUUGAAGAACAAUUUAAUUAAAAAUGUGACUUUGGUUCAGCGACAUGUGGCUGCAUUGCUUUUCUUUUUUUUUUUCUUUUUUUUUGUUGCAACAAUGGUGACAGAUGUCUGUUAAGUUAAAAUGAGAAACAAGCAAAACUAUAUUCAAAUGGUUGUUUACUGGUAUGUUAGGGGUCUAACACGUUACCCUUUAGUCAGUGGUGAUAGAAAAAAAAUCCUUUCUUUUUGUUUUAUUUUAAUAAUUAAAAAAUGCAAACCUUUUUUUUUUAACAAUUCUUUGUGAACGAUGGAGAGAGCAGCCCAGUAUAGUGCAUGAUUUCUUCCCAACCAAGGAAGAGGGCUCCACAACUCUCACUAUUUAAGAUGAUGAUAAAAAAAAAUAUAAAGAAAUAAUGGGAGAAAAGAAAAUAAUAAAAAAUAAAUGAAGUACUGUAAAGUGAAAGAUAACAUCAAACAAAAAAUCUGUCAUUAUUUGCUGAGUAUGGUAAUUUGUCUCAAUGGGAAUGGUGUAUACAGCAAGGCCUUAUGUGAUCUGUAUCAUAGUUAAUAAAUCAAAUCUUGUAAAACUA